AUGGGGGCCACUGCCGCAGAGCAGGUGGUCACUACCCCAGACGAGGAGGCUGUUACUGCUAAUGUUGUAAAAUUAGCUACGCAGCUGGAGUGGUGGCUAGAAAUAAAUCACUCCACAGCAAGAGUGAUGAAAUAUGUGCGCGACAAAUGGAUAAAUCUGUUUGGGAGCAAAACGUCAAACGAGUGGCCUUCACAAUGGAUCAAGUACAUCAAACUCUACAACGAACAGCACCCUGUUGAUGUAAUCAAUCCCGCUGAAACCAUCAUGAAGCUCUAUAAUGAUGAAGCGCUGGUUCAGUAUGUGAACCAAUUGCCUGAGAGUACUUCUAACAGUGGAACAAGGGCAUUGGUUGAAAUUGAUGACGAAGUCUUUCACGAGAUGAAACUGGACAUGCCAUUAUUGAAUAUGUUACUAAUUCUAAACGACUAA